AUGGAUACAUUUGAAGCAGUCUUUUUUGAUACACGUGAAGGUGCAUGGUUUGACUUAAACCUAAAAACCGGUGAGCAUUACGAUGACGCAUAUCCAUCGUUAGCUGUACCACUUUUUACCGAACGCUACCAUAUGCUAAACAGUGUUAUGGUGGCUGAUGUCUUAGAAACAUUACAACGAAAAGGAUUAUUACAAUUUCCAGGUGGCAUACCAGCAAGCUUAAUGAAAGGUACCAAUCAACAAUGGGAUUAUCCAAAUGGUUGGGCACCAAUAAAUCAUAUGAUCAUUGAAGGAUUACGUAAAUUAAAUAAUCUAACAAUGCAACAACGCGCAUUUGAAAUUGCCAAUAAAUGGAUUAAUAGAAAUUAUGCUCUAUAUCAAAAAGAUCAUAAAAUGUGGGAAAAAUACGAUGUCGCAAAAGAAUAUGUACGAGCUGCUAAAGAUGGCGAAUAUGAAAAUAAGUAUGGCUUUGGAUGGACUAAUGGUGUCGUACUUGAUCUACUUGUAACAUUCAAUAAGAGAGCAAUAGUUAAGCCAACAGGUGGUGUAACAGAUGUUCAUGGAACUGGACGAGCUAAUAUAUCUGGUACUAACCGAACUCUUCUUACUCGCUAUCUAGGAACAGGCAAACCGUUCGAUUUUUUAUGUGGUUUACAAAACGAAUCCUUAUCCGAACACUGA